UUAAAGAUGGAAACCAGAAGGGAUCUUCUCCAGGAAUCCAUAAAGUUAUGUUUGAAAAUGUCCAAUGCAACAAAAGAGUGCAGGUCCAACCAAACUGCAUAUCGACGGGAACGGAUCCAAUAAGAUCUUUAAAGGGGCUUGGGCUAGGACGUUGAUGGUGAUGAAAUCCAGAUGCUAUUAUGUUCUGUGAGCAUCAGACACAAAAGCCGGAGAAGAACGCCUGUCGCUGCAAGAACUGUGUCCUACGGCACUCCGAUAUACUUCCCUGGUCGGAGCCCAUUGGAUUCAUGGCUGAUCGCAAAAAUGAGAAGGACAACACUAAUCGCAUGAACACAUUUCAAUCAGCAGACAGUGUGGUUACCAUUGCAGAAACUAAUGAAAGGCAGACCGAUCACUACAAAAAUCACAACCAUAAUUUCAAUGAAACGGCUUAUACCCCAACUCGAAGUGGUGUCAGCUCUCCAACUUACGAAGCGGGUCCUUCUCCCACUCAGCGCGGUGGCACUUCUCCAGAUCCCAAUGAAGGCAAUACUCCACCUCGUAAAGGACAUUCACCAUCGCGGAUGACAACACAGCCUCCAGCUCAACCCACCAUCCUGCUGAUCGUAGUCAACAAGAACGAUCCACCACCGUACGGCCAAGGACAUAGUGCGGAAUAUCAAGGCCACCGAUAUUCAGAUUUGGGACCAAGGGGAUAUCCAGGUCCGGGACCGAGGGGAUAUCCAGGUUCAGGGCCCAGGGGAUAUCCAGGUCCAGGAGCCAGGGGAUACCCAGGUCCUGGACCCAGGGGAUAUUCAGGCCCGGGAUCUAGAGGAUAUUCCGCUCCGGGAUCUAGAGGACUUCCAGAUUCGGCCGGUGGACCACAAAGCAAUUAUUAUCCACCGCCCGGACCUACAAGUGGAACUGGACCCAGAGGAAGACCAAGUACUCAGAAUGCCCAUGAGCAUGCUUACUAUGACAGGCGCCGAUAUAGCGAAGCCCAUCAGCCAGGUUGGAAUAGAUACCGGGAUGACUGGAGGGGGCAGCCAAGAAGAUACUCCGAUGGUGCCUAUGUCGAGGAGCAUAAUUUCACUCGCCAGGCCGAAACCCGAAUAAAUUGCCAGUGCCCGGAGUCUUCGGCUCCCUCCGAAACACAAGCAUCUCGUCCAGAAACUGAUAGUCAAACACGCCCCAAAAGAAGGAGCCUGAAGCGCCUGGUGGGCAGCGGAGUCGGAUUUACUUGUAGUUGCCAAGGUCAAAACCCGAUGGCAAGUAAUCCUGGAGCUCUCAAAAACGAAAUAGAAAAUCAAGAGCUGGGAAAAAAUGGAGGCAUGGGAACACCACCCAAUACGAUCGACUAUCUAUCGGAAAGGGAAAGCCCGCCGGAUAUCCGGGAAGUAAUUGUGACCGAUGCCAAAAACAAGACGUACAAAUGCAUACAGGUGCCAAUUUGUAUCUCUACUGGAAAGCCGGAUACAUGUCGCUGUUGCAAAUGUGGUUCAGCUCCCGAUACGGGAAACGAUGAAUCCUUCGACGAGGACGCGGAAUGCACCUGCAAUCAACAGGGUAAAUGCACCUGUGUGGCCGGGAAUGGGUUACCCGAAGAGUUUGGCUGCGAGUGCGAUCUGACCAACUUGGAGCAAACUCUACGUAAGCUCAUACCCAACGCCGAGUGCUUAUGCUACUUGAAGAAGAAGCGCCGCAGAAAGCGAAAGAAGUGGUCCCCCAAAGUCUACUACGACCGCUUCGCCAGUCCUCCGUUUGUCCUGAAUCCCAAGCCGAGAUGUCUGGAGUACGGGCGCAGUCCAUACUGCAACCCGUGCUUUAACUCCUGCAGCUGCGCACCUGUCGCAAAGAGCUGUUACACCUGUGACUACAACUGUGGAGGAUGUUGUCGCUUUUGAAAUACCCCCUAUGAAGUUAAAUGCCAGCCCUAGCAUGUACAUAUCCUCAACACUUACUGAGCUUACGCCAGAAAGCUUCAUAUAAGUUGUUUUCUGUCGUCAUCUGACACUUGUUGGGGAUCUCAAAGGAAGCUUAUAAAAUAGUAAUAAUUCGGAAUUAUAAUUAAAGAGCCCUUUAUCGGAGAAA